UUUCUUUUUCCCCCCGAAAAGCUUCUUUCUUUUCACCGUUCGCCCGGACGCUCGUACCGCUCGGACGAGGCCCUUUACACCGGCGUGUGAGUAGCAGAUCCUCUCUGACUCAGUUCGGCUUCUGGUUCUAACGUUACGGAGGAUUCGCGCAGAAGUCCCGAGUAAAACUUGGCGCUAGCUGGCGAGCUAAACUCCGAGGCUGUUCUCGCUGGCCUCCUCGCUGGCAGCGCGACUCUCUGAGCUACCGACUCAACUGAGCUUCGGUUUUCGAUUCAUUCGUUUUAUUCGUCUGAAGUCGCUGUUUACCGUCAAAAAGUGACUUUUUUUGGCCAUGUGACGUAUGCGAGUUUUUAUGGGUCGCGUCCUAUUACCUGCCAACGCGACUCGCGUGACGCGCGCACCUCCUGCUCGUCGCUUCACUUCGCAGUUUCCUCCUCUCGAGUCACGGCUGACCCGCUUAGCUAAUGAGCGCUUUCACGUUUCCUGGCGAGGAAGUGAUUAGAUGUUGAUGUAGAUGCGCAAAGUUCUUUGGCUCUCCCAGCGUGUAUCACACCAGGUAGUGUGGUGUCUCGUGCUGUACUGGCUUUGGCCCUUCCUGUGUGUCUCAGGCUCAGCGCUCAGCAGUGGUGGACGAAGUACACAGACCCUGUACCUGAGUUAAAGUCGAGACCCCCAAGGCGCUGAGGGACGUAGAGGUGUUUGGGAUGCUCAGGUAAUGGGCAGUACAGAAUACACGAAGAUGGCUGUGAACAGCACAAAUGAUCGUGCCUGGUCAGGGUGUGCUGUGCUCUUCCUGCGGUGUUGCAAUCCAGGAUCUGAUCUGCUGACUUUCUACAAAGACAAGCACGGGAAGUUCAGCAUGUUCAAGGUCAUCAAACUGACUCUUACAGAUGUUGCAGGUGGUCUUGAUGGUUAUGAAAUCCUGAAGCUGCAUGAUGCUGACCCCUUCCUGGGAGUGGAACUGAAGUUCAUGGAUGCCCUUCCUUGUAAACGGUUCCUGGAUAGUUACGCUUGUGGCUCGCUUCUUCAGUUUUUGUCUCAGCAUGCUUCACGCCUGCUCACUCUCCCUGAUGAGGUUGCUAUGGAAGCUGUGCUGAAGGCAGGAACACACAUCUUGGACCACGACCUCAAAAACACAGAACUCUGCCUGCAGCAUAUACAUCAAUCUCAGCCUGUGCGUUUGCGGGAUGAUGAGGUCACACAGCUUGAACAGCAGUUACAGAAUAGCUAUGCUCCACCAGCUCAGACGCCACAAGAAGUGCCCAAAAACUGCUUCUUGUUCCAGAAACGCGUGUUUGAUGAUAGGCCAUUGACGUCUGCAGACCAGCAACGUUUUGCUGCUCACGUGGGACGGGACUGGAAGCGAGUGGGGAGAGCUUUACAGAAGAACUGCAGGGCUCUGAAGGGGACCGCCAUUGAUAAUCUUGCCUACGAGUACGAGCGAGAAGGGCUUUACGAACAGGCCUAUCAGCUACUGGGACGGUUCAUCCAGUCGGAGGGACGGAGCGCCAGGCUGGGACGCCUCAUCAGCGCACUGGAGGAAAGCAAGCUGACCAACAUGGCUGAGAUCAUGUUGGACAUUCAGCCCCGCGAGUGAGAGACUGGAGCGUGUGUGCGUGUGUGCGUGUGUGCGUGUGUGUGUGUGUGUGUGUGUGUGUGUGUGUGCGUGUGUGUGUGUGUGUGUGUGUGUGUGUGCAUCUGGUGCCCAGGGGUGUGUUUUUUAGUUUCGUAUGACAAUUUUCGUCCCUGUAUUGGGUAAAAUGGCUUGUCAGCUCAACCUAAAACAUAAUUUCAUGAGGUAAUGAGCAAUAAAACUACUUUAAUUGAACGUCAGAUUGCUGAAAUUGAACAAAACUCUUAAAUGUACUUGUUUCUACAUUUGGUUGAACUGAUGAACUGUAUUUUCCAACAUACCAGGUUACAUUAUGUAAGCCUAGCCUUAAAAACUAGGAAUAUCGGAAAUCAUACCAGUAUCAGCAGGUAUUCACUUAAAAAAUCCUAUAUAGGCAAUGGAACAGGAUUGGACAGAUAUCUCAAAACAAUAUUGUUUGUUGUGGUUGGUUAGUGUAGUGGGUAACACCUCUGCCUUCUACACUGUAGACUGGGGUUCAAUCCCCACCUGGGUAAACACCCUACACUAUACCAAUAAGGGUCCUUGGGCAAGACUCCCAACACCGCCUUGGCCUCCCUGUGUAAAAUGAUCACAUUGUAAGUCGCUCUGGAUAAGAGUGUCAGCCAAACGCCAUAAAUGUAAAUGUAAAUAUUGAAUGACCUGUUCGUUUUCCUCCAGAAGAGCACAAGGUUUAAAUGAUGCUGAGCUCAAAGUAAAAGAUUUGCGUUUGAUUGGUUUUACUGUUUCUAGCCCUCUACAAACAUUGCAUUCCUCUGUAAUGCUUAUCCAAGUGACUCUAAGUCCAAUUUCUACAUUUUAUAAAUGUUUAUGUAUCUGUACCAGCAUAGGCAGAUAUUCGAUCUCCUAUCAGUGCGUCCCUGCUUAGGAAUACAGAAUCAUUCCGCAUUCACAGACCAUUGAAUAAUGGGAUUUGGAUCACGGGGAGUCUUGUAUGAAAGCCCUGUCAGUUCGAUCAUUAAACACUGAUUUUUAACGCUGAUAUUAAUGGCUCAUGGCAGUGGACCAUGAAAGUAUAAAACAUGCUUCAUGUAUCAAAUUCUACACCUUGAAAGUCAAAAUAUUUUCAGAAAGUCUAAAUAUGUUUAUUACCAAAGGUAAAAUUGGGAAUGAGGUCAGAUAUUUUGUGCUUUGUUUACCUCUUUCCUUUUAUUUCAUUUAGCAGUUUUCUAUUUUGGAAAUUUUGUAUUUUUAUAGUACUUUAGAGAUAAAACAAUGUGCUUUGCAUUUUGCAUUCUUACUUUUAGAUAGACUGUCCUUCACGCUGUGCUAAAAGGGGCACAUGCUUAGAGGUCAGUCAUGGUCAUUCUACAGCAGUGUUCCUUAAAAGAACUUAUGGGUACUAUGGGUUUUCCCUGAUUUAACACACUUUGUGCUUAUUCAGGGAAUUAUAAGAUUCCUCUUGAGCUGAGCUGGGUAUGUUGGAAGGAGUACAUGAAAUAUAUCAGGACCGGGAUUAUCAGAGAUCUACGGUCAGUUCUGUUAUUUUGACUGUUGGUUAGUUAUGUUUGUCUAAAUAUUAAUUGCACGUGAAAGGAGGGAUUUUUUGACUCUGACUGUGAUCGUUAAGAUAAUGAAGGAUGUGGUCUUCACUGCAAAAAUAAGUCCUAACUAGGGCAUGUAUUCCACAUGAUGAUCAUGCCAAACCAAAUACUUUUGGCCAAAGAGCACCAUCGGGAGACAUAUCACUCAUCAGGUACUUAACGUGUGAUUACUGUGAAAACUGCUUGUGACUGUGUAUUAAAGUCCGCCGCUCUAUAUAA